UGUUAUGCUACGAAAUCUCCUUACUGCUCUGGUAGUCAAAUCUUGAUAAGGAUAUACCUGUGCUUUCCAGAUCCACGUGAUGGAGAGGAGGGGCGUUACCUGCCAAAAAGGGUCUCCUGACUUCACCCCCACCUUCCUUAGUCUUGUUUGUUUUAGGGAGAUUCUAGUUGUAGAACUUUGUUGGAUUAUUAUAGGGCAGAUGGCGACUCCAGCGAAGAAAGGCUUCUACAGGCAGGAGAUCCAGAAAACUACCUGGGAUGUACCAGUUCGGUACACUGGCUUGAUUCCUGUUGGAUCGGGGGCUUACGGAACGGUCUGUGGAGCCAUAGACCAGAGGACCAAGGAGAAGGUGGCUAUCAAGAAGCUGUAUCGUCCCUUCCAGUCUCUGAUUCACGCCAAGAGAGCCUACCGGGAGCUCCGUCUGCUCAGACACAUCCAGCAUGAGAAUGUAAUCUGUCUAUUGAAUGUUUUCACGCCUGAUUCAUCUCCAGAUACAUUCCAGACGUUUUACAUGGUGAUGCCAUUUGUAGAUCAGGAUCUAAGCCAUAUCAUGAAGAAAGGAAAACUGACUGACAAAAUGAUUUCCUACAUCCUGUACCAGAUACUCCAAGGACUCAAGUAUAUCCAUUCUGCUGGGAUAGUGCACAGGGAUCUGAAGCCCAGUAACUUGGCUGUGAACCAGAACUGUGAACUCAAGAUUCUGGAUUUCGGCUUGGCUCGGCAUGCAGAGAGUGAGAUGACGGGGUACGUGGUGACGCGCUGGUACAGAGCCCCCGAGAUCAUCCUCAACUGGAUGCACUACACCCAGACCGUUGAUAUGUGGUCAGUUGGGUGUAUUCUAGCAGAGCUGAUCACAGGCCACGUCCUGUUUCCUGGAAAAGACUAUUUUGACCAGCUGAAGCUGAUCAUGAAGCUGACAGGAACCCCCCACCCGUCCCUGGUGCAGAAGAUGCAGAGCAAAGAUGCAAAAAGGUACAUACAGGCCCUGCCCCCCCAAGUGAAGAGGAAUUUCAGAGAGGCCUUUCCCAACAUGGACAAGAAAGUGGUGGAUCUGCUGGAGAAGAUGCUGGUGCUGGACCCGGACCGGAGGCUGACAGCGAGGGAGGGGCUGUCUCACAGAUACCUGGAGGAGUAUCACGACCCUGAGAGCGAGCCCGAAUCCAUUCCCUACGACGACUCCUUUGAGAACCUGGAGCUGCCGGUCGAGGAGUGGAGGAGUGAGUCUCGGUGUCUGCAUCAGAGCUGGCAGUGAGGGGCACCUCACCCCUUUUAUGUCUCAUCCACAUGGAGAUCAUGACCUUUGACCCUGACAACCCAAGACAAACAGCAACAUAGCCUGAGGUAUUCAGAGCAGCUUUUACCUGUUCAUGGAAUAGCUGGGGAAGAACAAUACAGACUUGAGAAGAAUAAGCAGUUAACAUCCUGAGGAAACAGAGGCUGCUGGGUAAAGUUCUAAGACAACACUUGCAAUGCUCCGAGACGGAGAAGAGUGGGUCAGUUGGGCAGAAAAAUAAAUUGAGGAACUUUUAUUUUGAUUUGAAUUUUGUUUUUUAUUGCUCACGUCAGUUGCUUUGUAAUGUAGUAUUUUUUACUACACAAUCUUUAGCUGACAUUUACUAGAUAGUGAGCUAUUGAUAAACAAAGCAGUAGUGUUUAACUCAGAACCACAUUUUGCUCUUCAAGUGGUUUUAAAUUUAAUUGUUUGGGAAUAUUUUCAUUAAAACUUGUUUUUAAUUAGACAGAAUUUUAAAUUUAAGUGUAUUCUUUGUCUUAACUUUGGGUCACAAAGAUUGUCAUGUACUAUAUGAGACAGCAUACUAUACAUGUACCUUCACCUCUGAAAAAUUAUUAUACCUGACAGUUUUAGUCAUUUCAUUACCUUAUAAACAACGGUAUCAGUUCAUUUAUUAUGGUAAAACAAAAUAACGUAAUGCUUUUUUGCCAUUUGAAUAAUUUAUAAUUCUGAAUAUUCAAAUUUAAAUUUUAUUUUAAUAAAAACAAGACUGAAA